AUGAAUUUCUACGCAGCCUCCAAUAUGCCCGUGUACCGGGUGGAACGGGAGACACGCCAAAAGAGCUCCAAACAGGGUUCCAAAACGUCGAGGAUCCUCGGCAUCCCGAGUCCACAAAGGGACACCGCGCCACCCCCCGUCAGACCUGUCACGUCAUCCGAUGUUGUGCCGCACAACUCCCUAUCCAUCGACCAGUUCCUGGACCCUGCUGUUGAUGGCCCGCCGUCACCGGAGACUCUUCGCGAACUGAGCCAGCAGAUGAAGCGGGCGUCUGUUCGCGACAAGCACCAAAGCCACCAGACCAGCUCGUCCGGCUCCUCGUCACUGCGGUCGCUGACUUCAGCCGACCGACCCUCGUGGGAGAACCCGCUCGACGGAAAGACGCUGUCAAGGAAAUCCUCGGGACGGUCGACAUCCAGCAGCAUGCCUUCGCGGGAGCGGCCUGAGAGCGUGCAGAUAUUCGGCAAGACUCUCUUCAACCGGAGGCCGAAGGGGAGGCGCGAGAGCAGCGCCCAGAGCUCGUCAAGCUCCAUGUAUUCGACGGAUGCUGUGGGUGACUCCGCGCUCCCGCCAGCUCAAACAUCAAGCCGGGACUCGACCAUCCCAGGGCUAUUUGGCCUCCGCCGGAGCAUCAAGCCGGACCAGGCCGCCGAGACACAACGGAGACCCACCAUCUCUGGGCCGUACAACUUCCAGCAUGUGGCCCAUACCCAAAAAGAGCACGCCCUCGAUUCGCAACACGGCAGCCUGGAACAAUUGAAUUUGCAUACCCCCCCUCCGCGUCCUCCAAGGUCUCCUGUUGACCAGUUCGCUCCAAAUGGUGUCCACGCACCUCCGCGUGGCCCUAGCCGCGUCUUGGGUGGUCGUCAUGAGCGCUUUGACUCGAUAGACGGGCCAUAUGCCGACCCCGGGAGUCCUCCUUCGACGUCAUAUGGGUACACGCCGGAUAUGGACAUCAUCCACGAACAUGCCUAUUCUGCGUCCAUGAGCCCGCAUGACGACGCCAACUGGCCCCUGCCCUGCCCCAGCAGCACCGCCUCCGAAUAUACGCUGCCCAACGUGCCCGAGGAGGAUGAAAAUGCCGUGACGACGAAGAAGUCCCGUGCAAGUGUUGCCAGCAAUUCAUCCCUUCGCGGAAGCCAGUCGGUCCCGAUGUUGAGGGGACUUGCCUCCCGCCAGAAAGAUGACUCGGACCGCCGCCCAAGUGAUGCUUCCGACACCCUGGGCCGGUUUGAUAUGGUGGCCGCCCAGCUGGCUCUCAGGGAAGCGCUAGGCGAGAACGGAGACGCGUUGCCUCGGGAGGCUUGGGAGGACGAUAUCGACUAUUGUUAUGAUCACGAGGCAGAGGCGGAUUGCGACUAUGAGUGGAGCCGCCCAUCCCUCGAAACAUGCAGAGAUGGCGACACGGCCACGCCGGUUGACGACCAUGGGCGCGGCGUCGAGUCUCGCGGGGCCUCUCCUGCUCUGCUGAUGCCUGGGCAGUUCGAUGUGCCGGCUCUUAGUCCCGUCAGUCAACUUUCUUUGGCAACCCCGCAAGAAGCGAUCACCCCCACGGUGAUGAACAAUCCCAAGGCAUCAAACUUCUCCUUGCCGAGAAUCGACUCCAAGAACCUGCUUCACGUGCGGAAACCGUCUGACGCGUCCAGCUUCAAAGAAUCCCACGGCUUCACCCUGUCUCCGUCUCUCCUGAUUCCCAUGGACUACCAGCAGCAGAUGUUGGCCUGCGAGGCGGAAAGGCAAGAAGAAGCCUCUGACUUCGCUUUUCGCCCUUUCGACGAGCCCGAGCUGAACAUGGACCCAUCGGCACUCCUCCUUCGGUAUCGUACCAGCGCUUCGACGACCGGCACCAUCGAAAGCAACAGCUCCGCGUUUGAUAAACACAACUCGACCGCCUCCACGUCGACUGACUACACCAGGCUAACAGCGAGCGUGUCUUCACUCGACAUGGAACCUUGUCUCCCGACAAGUGAACCGCUGCAGCGCUUCCCAUCAUUCGAGUCCCACAGCAGGGGCGAGAGUAAGGCUGUCAUGCCCACGCUCCCCGAGUCGGAAGAGGCAGCUCAGCCGUCCACCCGCCGCCCUCACUUCAAGAGCCGUGGGAGCGAGUCUAACCUUGUGAGGAUGGCCAUGGACGAGCCUUGGCCGGGGAAGAACAAGCCCACGAUUUCGGCUAGGCGCGGGCGUGCUAGGACCACGAGCCUUAGCACACCGCCCCCGGCGAACCAGUAUGCCUUGUUCCCGCAAGUGCAACUGAGCGGAAACCGAAUCUAA